ACAUGAUGUCACAGGAGAGAGGAAGAAAGCCGGUGUUUAUUCUGGCUUAUCUGCUCCUCAUGGCUUUACCGUGCAUGAGCUUCCUCCCCAACUUUUGGUCUCGAGUUUUAACGCUGUCUUGGAACUCACGCACACACCAGCAGAUCACAGAGCAGGCCAUUCUCAACGUCACCAUGGAGACUCUGAGGGGCAUCAAAAAACACCAUGCAGAGGAAGAAACCAGACUGGGCCGUGGCUUCUGUAGAGCUGUUGGAGAGGUGGUGCAGUCCAAUGCGGCCAUGGACUUCUUGAGCUCCACCAGGUCCGACCCGGUGUACCACUUUGAUUCAGAGCGUGUGGACAGCGCCAUGGGGAUGUUGCGGCAGUUCUGGGCUCAGACUCUGCUCUCAGUACGGGCCAAAGAGUACCAAACUGCUCGUCACAGCCUGGGCCAGCUGUUUCACUCCCUGCAGGACUUCUACAGCCACAGUAACUGGGUUGAGAUGGGCCAUCGCUUCAUUUACCUCCACCUGCUGCAGCCAGAGGAGCCUGCCAUCCCUGUGGCUACAGACGACACUCCUACCUGCAUGGAGUGCUUCAGUGUCACCUGUCGAGACAACCUCAUGUCAAGAAUGACAAACGCAAAGCAAGAAACCCAGCUUCUCACCACGGGCUACUUCAGCACUUUCCCUCCAAAACCUCACGGCAAAUGUAGUCAUGGAGGUAUUCUGGACCGUAGCCGCUUCAUAGGGGCCAAAGGGGGCAUCAACAAGGACAGCACUUCACCACUCUUCUCCCCUCACCAUUACCUCCACAUGGAAGCUGCCAAUUUAGCUAUGGAGGCCACGCUGAGUGUACUGAGAGACCUCAGAGACACUGUGGGCCAGAACACCUUCCUCAGGCUCUUCAGCGUGAAGCAGGUCUCUGCAUUGGUGUUUGUCAUGGACACCACUGGCAGCAUGUUUGAGGAGAUCACUGCCGCUCGCUACCGGGCCCACUCCAUCAUCGAGGGCCGAGCCAGCAGCCCAGGACAGCCUGGCACCUUUAUACUUGUGCCCUUUCAUGACCCAAAGUUCGGACCGGUCUAUGAGACCGAUGACCCAAAUCAGUUUAUGCAGCAGAUGGAGAACCUGAUGGCACUGGGAGGAGGAGACGAACCAGAGAUGUGUCUCUCUGCCAUUCAGCUGGCACUCACUCACAGUCCACCGCUGUCAGAGAUCUUUGUAUUCACCGAUGCUUCCCCUAAAGACGCCCACCUGAUUGAUGUGGUAAAGGCCCUCGCACUUGAGAAACAGAGCAAGGUGACGUUUCUCCUAACUGAAGACCCAAACUACACCUCGGAGAGCAGAGGGAGGACGAGGAGCAGGAGCAGCAGGAGCAGGAGCAGGAGGAGGAGAAGGAGGAGGAGAAGGGAGGUCUUGUCCCCUGAUCGUUUCUCUCUCUACUCUUCCCUGUCGUCCCUGUCAGGAGGACUGACGAUAUUUACAACCAACUCUGACAUCCGCAGUGUCUCUGCCAUAGUGGAGGAUAACACCGCCGCCGACAAGGUGACUCUCCUCCAUGUUGAAAGUGACGAAGAGCUGAUGUCCUCCCAUUCCUUCAGAGUCGACAGCUCAGUUAAAAACGUCACACUACACGUCACUGGCAUCCUGACCGAGUGUGUCCUCACCAGCCCAUCAGACCAAAGCCAGUCUCUGUUGAGCCAGACAGGCCCUCUGGCAGAGUUGGAGCGCUUCGAGGGUCUGUACCGCAUCAGCCUGCUGUAUCCUGUACAGCCGGGCAAGUGGAAACUCCAAGCCAAGAGUGACGGACACCUCACCUUCAAUGUGAUAGGUGACAGCAAUGUAGAUUUCCUGUAUUACUUUGCCACGGUAACCAACGAGACACACCCAGGUCUGGCCAAAGUGGAGGGCAGUCCAGUAGCAGGUGUUCCAGCUUUUCUGGUGCUGGCUGUGACGGGCCUGGCUCCAGAUGAGGAGGCGUCUUUCAGUCACGUGACGCUGCUGGGAGCUGACGGGGAAAGCCUCCUAGAGGUGAAGCUGAACUCCUCCUCCUCCUCCUCAUCUUCAUCCUACUCGGUGGAGGAGCUGGUGGGAUGGGUGGACUCGGUUCCCGUAGACCCAUUCUGUGUUCGGCUGACAGGCCGAGACGGCAGAGGAAACAAGCUGGAGAGGGUUUCCACAGAGAUGGUUCAGCCCACUCACGUUCAGAUACAGGUGCUGUCUGUCCCCCGCCUGGUGCCUGGUCACAGCACAAUGGUGGACUUUGACAUUCUGAACCACGGCCCGGCCCGACUCUUCAGUCUCGCUGCUGAUGACGACCAUGGAUACCUUCAGAAGAGAGGACCUCACAGGUUCCAUGUUGCAGAACAAGGGCCUUUCCGCGGUCAGGUGGACCUCCUCACUCCUUCCACAGCUCAGGCAGGAGCGACUGUCACCCUAACAUUCACUGUGCGCGCUCUUGACUCUCUGGACUCAAACUACGCAGUGGCCUACUUGACUGUUAUCCCUCCGGAUCCUGACACGUCCCCACCGUCCUGCUCUGCUGCCCGAGUACAGUCCACGUGUCCUUCCAUUUGCAACGAGUCCAACUGGAGCGUAUCUCUGGUCGUGUCGGACAGGGGGCGCUCCGGCCUCGCUGCCCUCCAGCUCCAGAGUGGUGAGGGUAAUCUGACUUUAUUCCACAACCCCCCACCCACAGAGGACAACCUGGGAGAGGAUCAGCCCGGCCAGGACCGGCAGCAGGCACACAGGGACAAGACAACCAGUGGAGGCCACCACCACCAACACCACCACCAUCAACACCCCAAGGCCAGACUAGAGAAAGGAGACCCACCUUUGAAUGUUUCCGAAUGGGCACCUGGCUCAUCUCAGCCGCUGUGGGUGAAGUACGAGUCCAGCUGCUGCUCUGCUCAGGCCGAGCUGCUGGUGUGGGACACAGCUGGAAACAUGAAGCGCUGCCAUCUAACGUCAGGCCAACAGAGGCAGCUAAAAGACAGGAGCACAGAAACCAGUGGAGCUGGACAGAUUACACUCACAGCAGCGUUGUUCUUGGGUCUGCUGUGGCCUUUUCUGCUUUAGCGUCG